AGAUACAAGGGAGCGGGGCAGUGACUUCCGCGCAACCUGCAGCAGUAGGAGGGGCUGUGUUGCCGGAGUAACUAGGCGUCGUUGUCGGUGCUGGAGUCGUCCCGUCGGCUCGAAACCUCUUUCCCUCUGGUGACCUCCCGAGACUAUGAAUCACAGUGAAAGAUACGUCUUCAUUACAGAGUGGUUUGAUCCCAACGCUUCGCUUUUUCGGCGUUAUGAGCUCCUGUAUUACCCGGGGGAUGGGUCCGUGGAGAUGCACGACAUGAAGAAUCACCGCACCUUCUUGAAGCGCACCAAGUACGAGGGUCUGCACCUGGAGGAUUUAUUCAUCGGCAACAAAGUGAACAUCUUCUCCCGACAGCUGGUGCUGAUCGACUACGGGGAUCAGUACACAGCCCGCCAGUUGGGCAGUCGGAAAGAAAAAACAUUAGCCCUGAUUAAACCAGAUGCGGUUUCCAAAGCCGGAGAAAUCAUUGAAAUGAUAAACAAAGCCGGAUUCACCAUCACCAAGCUCAGAAUGGCGCUGCUGUCCAGGAAAGAAGCAUCAGAUUUUCUUAUAGAUCAUCAGUCAAGGCCCUUUUUAAAUGAGCUGAUCCAGUUUAUCACAAGCGGUCCUAUUAUCGCCAUGGAGAUCCUAAGAGACGACGCCAUAUGUGAGUGGAAGAGACUCCUGGGGACCGCCAACUCCACGGUGGCACGGGCGGACGCGCCCGGCAGCAUCCGCGCCCUCUUCGGAGCCGACGGCAUCAGGAACGCGGCGCACGGCCCCGACUCCUUCGCUUGCGCUGCCAGAGAAAUGGAGCUGUUCUUCCCCUCCAGCGGGGUCUGCGGGCCGGCGAGCACGGCCAAGUUCACCAACUGCACCUGCUGCGUCGUCAAGCCCCACGCCAUCAGCGAAGGGCUGCUGGGGAAGAUCCUGAUGGCCAUCCGGGAUGCCGGCUUCGAGGUCUCGGCCAUGCAGAUGUUCAGCAUGGACCGCGCUAACGUCGAAGAGUUCUACGAGGUGUACAAAGGGGUGGUGUCUGAGUACAACGAGAUGGUGACAGAAAUGUAUUCCGGCCCUUGCGUAGCAAUGGAGAUUCAACAAACCAACCCUACAAAGACAUUUCGAGAAUUCUGUGGACCUGCCGAUCCUGAGAUCGCCCGGCACCUGCGUCCCGGGACCCUCCGAGCGACCUUCGGGAAGACCAAGGUCCAGAACGCCGUUCACUGCACCGACCUCCCCGAGGACGGGCUGCUAGAGGUUCAGUAUUUCUUCAAGAUCCUGGACAACUAGCAGCGCGGGGAGCCCGGGAGGCGGCCGCGGGUCGGGGCGUUUGGACGCGAGCGAACCACGCACGUGAGGAAAUGUGUUCAUUCUUUUAUUGUCCGUUGUUUUCACCUGACUGGAUACAAGGUCAACACGAGCACGGCACUCCUGGCGGCUGUUACACAUGUCGGGACACGGAGUUUGCACGGCAGACAACAUUUAACACCGGUCUGUGGGGCACUGCAUCGCUUUUUAUAAAGUCCAAAAUAAAGAUUUAUUUUUCAAACAAGUGACUUUGGUUUAUUUCAUACAUUACACUUUUUCUUGCAGAAAAAAAUAAAAUUGUACAACUGCAUAAAUAUAAAAUUCUUCCACCAUGAAAAUGGUUAAAACAUUCAUGAAGACACAGCACCAGCACGUGAUGCCUCCCGAGAAAGGAAGAAAGGAAAGGAAAGGAAAGGAAAGGAAACGCACACAGCCAAUCAACUGGGCAAGCGCGCCGGCCCCGGCCGGGGGCCGGCUCCCCGAGGGCCUCGGAUGUGCCGGACGACAAGGUAAGCGGCGUCCGGACCGCGUCCGGGACAAAGCACAACACGACCCCUCACCGUCCUGCGUUUCUCCGCAGUGUC